AAACUGUUAAUGGCAACAGGUUCCGAUUUAAACGGGCAGUUUUUUAACAGACUGAUUUCCUGUAAAUUGUAAUUAAUUUGGGCAAUAUGUUUCGAAGAUAAUGUCUGGAAGGGUAAAAAAGCAAAGACCGGCUACAAAUACAGCCGAUUCUGCUACAUUGUCUUUAAAUGAGCGCAUUCUAAAAGAAUGUCAUGAAUUCUAUACAGAUCCUAAAAACGGCUUGGUGAAAAUAGCAUCAGGUUUGAAUUUAGAUAUCUUGGCUCCAAGAAAAAAGAUAACUGUGCUGCUCAUUGGUAACCAUUCAGCUGGGAAAAGUUCGUUUAUAAACUGGUACAUAGAAGAACAUAUUUUAAAAACUGGUGUGGCAAUUGAAACUCAGGGAUUUACUUUUGUCACUAGUGGGAAAAAAAGGGAAACUUUAACUGGCAAUGCAACUCUCCACCUAUAUCCUCACUUCAAACCUCUGUGUGAAAUCAAAGGCCUUGUUGACUAUGUUACAACUGAAAUAUCAACAUCCAAACAGAAAAAGUUUAGCUUGGUUACAUUCAUUGACACACCAGGAUUGGUUGAUGGAGAAAUGAAUUAUCCCUUUGAUGUUGAUAAAGCUAUCAAAUUUUUAGGAAGUAUUUCGGACCUGAUAUUUGUGUUUUUUGAUCCAAUUGGCCAAGCUCUUCGUAAGAGAACACUUAACGUAGUGGAAUCCUUAAGUGCCAAGUAUGGUGAAAAAAUUAAGCUGUUCCUGAGUAAAGCAGAUGAGGCUGGAAAUGAAACUGAUCGACAAAAAGUGCUCAUGCAGAUCGUACAAGAACUGUGUAAAAGACCAGUUUUGAAUAGAGCUGGUUUUGAUCUUUCAACCAUCUAUAUUCCUAAUCCAAACAAGCCAGCUCGAUGUGCCAAUCAGAUAGAAGAAGUAUGCAAAGAGAUUGAAAAAACUAUUAACAGAACCGUCCAACACACACUAAAUGCCUUAGAAACAGAUUGUACCAGGAUUGAAAAUGAAAUUACUAAUAUAAUUAAAAAGAAUGACCAAAGUCGAUCUGAAAACCUAAAAUCUAGUGGAAAAGGUGUAGUUUUGGGUCUAUUUGGUAUUAUGCUUCCAGUCCUAGUAAUAGUUGGUGUCUUGGCUAGCAGUAAUUCUGGAAAAAUUUUAAGCAGUAUCCUUGGAAAUUCUACUACUGAAGCUUUAAAGUUUUACUUGAAUCCGUUUUUAAUAAUAUGGGAAAGCUUACCUGAAGACUAUCAUUUAUUUGUAAUUAUGUUCAUAAUUAUUGUGUCAGUUCUCCUACUGAUACUAGCACAGUGGCAUAUAAGAUUACAACCAACUCUUUCAAGGAAACAAAAGAAUGCCCUAUUGGAAAAGGCAGAAUAUGUACAAACAGUCAUAAAGAACAGAAAAAGGCAGCUUUAUGAUGAGUAUCUGAGACAAAGUGUAGCUGAUCAUGAACUGUGAUAUUCUGGAUCUGAUUUUUUAGUUGAUGCUUUUUAAUAAUUUUUAAAUAUCAGUUAAAUUAUUAAAGUAAUGCAUUUUGAUUUUUUUAUCAUUCCACUUUUCUUUUACACAAUAAUAUAUCUUUUAUUUGCAAGAUCUUUUGACAUAUACAUAUAUAUUAAAUAAAUUUUACAAAGGUUAUCACAGGUUUUUUUUUUUUUUUUUUUUGUUUUGUUUUGUUAUAAAUUUUAAAGAUUGUAUAUAAUACUGAAUUCAUAAACCAAAUAGUAUAUUGGCAUCAUAGCUUUAUAUAGAUAAUUUAGAUAUGAAUUUUUGUGCUGAUUUAUUUUGUAAAACUUUGAAAUAAAAAAAAAUAUUAAAACAA